AUGGGUCAAAUAGCACAGCAAUUAGCCUUGAGUUCUCAAGCACAAGGUGCUCUACCUAGUCCAACUGUGACAAAUCCUAGAGAGCGUAAUAAUGUGAGUGUUGUGACAACAAGAAAUGGAAAAUUUGAUGAAGUAGUUGAGGAGAUGGAUGAAGAGGAAGAUCAAUUGAUCGAAGUGGAUCUUGAGAUCAAAGAAAAUGAAGUUGUGAGGGAAGAAGUGGUGGCACCGAAACCAGUAGUGAAAGAAACAGUCAUUGAGCCUAAGCCGGUUGUUAGGCUUCCUUUUCACACCAGAAACAAGAAAAAGGGGAAACAUGAGAAAAACUUUGAAAAGUUCCUAGAGUUGUUCAAGAAGCUAGAGAUUAACAUUCCGCUGUUGGAAGAACUUGAACAAAUGCCUACUUAUGCCAAGUUCAUGGAGGACAUCAUUUCUAAGAGAUCAUUCAAAAAGGCUAUUAUUGAUUUAGGAGCAAGUGUUAGUUUCAUGUCGUUAUCCAUUUACAAGAAGCUUGGUAUAGGGGUUGUGCAAGAUACCAGGAUGACACUCCAAUUCGCCAAUCAUUCGUUCAAGAAACCGUAUGGUAUUGUUGAAGAUGUUCUGGUGAAAAUUGACAAGUUUGUAUUCCCGGUGAAUUUCGAGAUUCUAGAAAUGCCUGAAGAGGAAGAGAUCCCUCUCAUCCUUGGGAGACCUUUUUUAGAGAUGGGAAGAUGCUUGACCAACAUAGAGGAAGGGACUAUGAUGCUGAAGGUUUAUGAUGAGGAAUUAAAGAUUGAUGUUCGAAACACCAUGAAGUACAAAGAUGAUAUUUGUACCAGCCAUAAUAUAGAGGUUCCGGAUCAAGUAUGA